AUGGAAAAAGAAAGGUCAUUGAGUUCUUUCAUGCAAAUGAGGGAUAGCUUAGGGGUUUGGAAGUUACUGUUCAGAAGACCACUUCUUGCUUGGGAGGAAGAUGAGGUUAGUAGGUUGCAAGUAUUGAUAAGAGAUGCUCUUGGGCUUAAUAUGGGGCUGAAGGACUUUAUUAGGUGGAAUGCAUCCCUGGAUGGUCAGUUUACUGUGGCAGGAAUAAGAGAAUGGUAUGAGUCGAAUCAAGGUCCAAGAUUGCAGGUCCCUAGGUUGAUUUGGAAAGGUGUAGCUCCACCAAAACCUCAGUUCUUGAGUUGGUUGGCAUGGAGAGGAAGGGUGAAAACAAUUGGUAUGUUAAAGAGGUUUAGGGCUGUGAGUAGCAGUGUAGAGAAUCUAUGCCCUUUCUGUAAGCUGGAAGAAGAAUCAGUAGAUCAUAUUCUAUUGCAGUGCUCUAUGGUUUGGAAGGUUUGGUCCUCUCUGCUGAAUUGGUGGGGCUUAUCUUGGGUCACACCUGCUACUGUUGAUGGAGUGCUGCUAUGGUGGCUAGGAACACAAUUCAAGAAGACAGUUAAGAAGAUUUGGCGGCUUGUACCAGUUGCAAUGCUGUGGUUAGCAUGGAGGUUAAGAAAUGACUGUGUUUUUCAUGAGAGGCAACCGAACUUGGAGAAGCUUGGUGAAAUUAUAAAGGUAAGGAUUGGGUUGUGGGUGAAGUCUGGGUUGCCUGCGAUCCCUUAUUCAGUGCAUGAUUUUGUGGAGAAUUUGAAUCAGCUGUUGGAUUGGACUCUCUCUAAUCUUGGGCAAUGUGUUGGCAUAUGA